AUGGUGACUCCGUCAACACCAAAAAUACCACCUAUAAAAAUCAAACUUUCACUAGGAUCAAAACUCGUUGCUCCCACUGUGCCUCCCACUCCUACGUCGAAUCCACUUAUUGCUUCUUCUUCCUCUUCUUCUUCCACACCUAUACUCACCUUGACUACCUCGAAAAAGGGUAAAGCCAAAGCUAUUAUAGAAAACGUCGACAAUACCGAACAAGAUGAAACCAUCCAUACGCCUAAUACAGUUGAUGAAAGAGGAAAAAAGAAGAAAAGCAAAUCAAAGGUAGCAUCACCUUACCCCCCUUCGAAUGAGAAGAGUCAUGCAAACUCGACCCAUUCACACAAUGAAAACGGAGAUGAACAUGUGAACGAAGAAAAUCAAGCUGGACCGUCCAAGAUAGAAAUAUCAAAUCCAGCACCGUCGUCAAUACAUCCAGUACAAAUUCCUGCGGAGCAGCAUGAUAUUCAAUCGUAUGAUCAACCUGUAACACCUAAACCAAGUCACAAAGCGAAAUCCUCCAAACCCAGUACAUCGAAGAAAUCGUCUUCAACACCGCGAUCAUCGAAAGCUACAUCAAAAAGCAGUAAAGCCGCAAGAUCAAAACCAUCUGCAAUUCCAUCAAGGUUACUAUCUGAAGCAUUAACGUCUGUUCCACCUUCUUCAUCUAAAAUAUCGACUUAUGCACCUACUUCCGUUAUACCUGUAUCAGAAGAUCCUGAGACUCCUAUCAAGCUGGAAUAUUCAGAAGCCACUUCUCCAGAUCCUUUAUCAUUGCCAGUCAGUCCUUCAGCAUAUCAUGGUGAUUCAUUGACCCAUACACCUCAGAAUGAAAAUUACGACGAUACACCUCAAAGCGGAAGAGGUAGAACAGGCGGAAGAUGGAUGAGGAUAAAGAGACCGCUGAAAGAACUACUCAAUAAGUUGUUGAUUGAAAUGAGAAGGAAAGAUGAUUAUGCUCUGUUUGAGGAACCAGUGGACCUUGAGGCUUUCCCAGAUUACCUGAAUGUCAUUGGAGGAGAAGACAAGAUGAUGGACAUGGGUACGAUGCAGAACAAGGUCAACAACGGGGAGUAUACCACUCUCGAUCAAGUCGAGCACGAUUUACGAAGUCUCGUGGACGCUGCUCAAAAGUUCAAUCCACCAGGAUCAAUUCCUUUCAACUCAGCUGCUCGUAUACUCACCAUUGGAAUGAAACACAUUGAACGAGCUCGACCGAUAGUACUCACGCCCACACCUUCUCCUACACGAGGAUCAGCCACUCCGUUUGGAAGAGGAAUGUCGGUAUUCUCAGGAAGAGAAGGAACGAUUGCUUUGGAAGAAAGUCGACGUAUAGAAGACUUACCACCUGGAUCGUACAUCCCUGAACAAAUGCUCGAUUUCCCACCGAACUCCCUUCAAGCUUUGGCUGUUGGAUGGAAUAUGAAUGGAGGAAAGAGGGUUCACGCAAAGAAAAUAGUGAGAAGCAGAGAAAAGUUUCCUGGUAAAUGGAGACAUUGGGAACUCGACGGUACGAGAGAUAUAGCAGAAAUGGAGGAUCCUGCCAAUCUAUUUGAUCAAUCCAGAACUAAAAGCUCAGAAGAAAUGAUGAAUACAUUGAUUGACUGGAGAGGAUUGAGGAAGUAUCGAAAUCCUGAGAUAUCAUCACAUUGGUGGGAAAGUGAUACAUCACUUUCCGGCCCGACAAUCGUUGCUGGACAACCACCAAUCCCUCAAUCAGCUUAUAAUCCAAGAAAAGAGAAAAUUAUCGAAAGACAUAUAACUUCAAUGGAAUUUGGUUUAUACCCUGAAAUAGAAGCUGAGAUAAAGUUCUUGAAGAAACGAGCAGGAUUGAUGUCAGAAGAAGAGAUCUUAUCUGAACAUCUGAGACCGAUAAGAUCGAGACCCAAUGCUCAAACUAUCCCUAAUCUGAAAUCGAACACGAAUGCUGUACUUCCACCGAAUAACCUAAUCAACAUCUACGAUUCUCACCCUUCUGAAAAAAGUGCAGGUGAUUGGUUAAGAGAAAUGACUACUGGUGAUAUCAUAGGUGAAGCUUAUUUGACUAGUAUAUCCAAGUUCAUAAAAGGUGCUAUGGAAACAGCUAGCAAUACAUCUUCAUCAACAGCAAGAAAUUCGCUGGACACGAAAAUUGAUAAAGCAGAUUACCCAUUGAUCGAAGAAGAUAGGAUUCCUUUAGAUGAAUAUGUCAUGCAGAAUUAUCAAGAUGGAUUACUUUCCGCUGGAUCAAGGAAAGCUGUUCUACAAACAAUUGAAGAGAUAUCGAAAUACCCCGCGGACAGACCGCACUGGGUUAACAACUUCACUAAUCAGGCAUAUGGUAGGAUAGCCCUAAGAGAGAUGACUUCAUCUUCUAAUCCCAUGGAUAUCAAACCUUUGUUGAGGAUGGAAGGUGAUUUCCUACAUCAGGGAGUCGGAGGUAAAAGCGGUGUCAAGGAGGGAUUGGAUUGGAUCGGUUCGGAGAUCAAACAAUUAAACGACAAAUUGAAAGAAAAGAUUCAGUUGGAAGCGCAGAAGGUUGAAAAGGGUAAAAGGAAGAGAGAAGAUAAUACGGACAUGGAUAUGGAUAUAGACGACGAAAAGAAACGAGAAGAUUCGAAGAGGAUCAAGAUUGAAUCAAAUGGAAAUGUGCCUUCAGGCGGAUCAUCGCCAUUAUCUGAUGCACCAGAAUCAAAAUCGAAUGUGACUUCACCAAAACAAACUCCCCUGCCAACGUCAAUGUCAACUCCAAUGAUUGAUUCCACCAUGAUGGAUAUAGAUGAGGUGGAUCCUGGAAAUACAAAUGAGUUACGUCAACUUCGACUGGAAUUAGUGGCAUUAUCUAAAUUCUAUCCAUUACCUGCUCUAAAGAAGAUGAGAGCUUUCGAAGCUGCGAAACUCUUACCUGUGAACGUCAGAGGGUUGAUGACUGUUCCUGAAGAUUUACCGAAAGUGGGUUCUCAGUCUACAGGUGAUCACAAAUCAAAGUAA